AAUGAACAAAAUUAAUUAAUAUAGUUUAACUCAAUUAACACAAAAAUAUUUAUUAAUUAAUCUAGAGAAAAUAUUUAAUCACCAAAGUUGAAAAAUACGUUACAAUCUGACAUCACCGUAUGUAAAGUUAAAGAGUGCAGUGUUCUGUAUUACCACAGUUUUCGACGCCGCAUGCGGGGAGAGCGACGUCAGUCGUCGUUUUGACGUCCACAUCAAAAUAAUACCAAUAGACGAAUAAAAACACAUUUUAUGUUAUACCAAAUGACUUGAAAAUUAAAUAAUGAAGUUCGCAGAACACUUGUCCGCGCAUAUAACGCCGGAAUGGCGUAAACAAUAUAUUAAUUAUGAGGAAAUGAAAUCUAUGUUGUACGCGGCGGUGGAACAGGCGCCGUCCGCUGAACUUAUCGAGCCUGAAAUAUUGACGCGAUAUUUCGCCAAAUUCGACGAGAGAUUUUUCAGUUUUUCAGAUAAAGAACUUACCAAAAUUAAUACAUUUUAUUCAGAAAAAUUAGCAGAGGCGACAAGGAAAUACGCGGGUCUAAAGAGCGACCUGAGCGAAGCGCAAGAUGUGGAAUACACGGUCAAAGCUAAUACGUCGUCGAUCAAAAACAAUAUACUAAGAAAAAGAAACGUGCCCGCCAGGAAAAUGCAAGAGCUCAAACUCGCAUUCAGCGAAUUCUACCUUAGUCUUAUCUUACUACAAAACUACCAAAACUUAAACUUCACAGGCUUCAGGAAGAUCCUGAAGAAGCACGAUAAAUUAUUGUUAACUGAUGGCGGAGCGAAAUGGAGAGUGGAUCAUGUAGAAAGUUCACAUUUCUACACGAACAAAGACAUAGACCGACUAAUAAGGGAAACGGAGGCUACCGUCACACAGGAUUUGGAAGGCGGAGACAGACAAAGGGCCAUGAAGAGGUUGCGAGUUCCGCCCCUCGGCGAACAACAAAGUCCCUGGACUACCUUCAAAGUCGGUCUGUUUUCAGGUUCUUUAAUCGUACUCCUCGUGGCCGUCAUAUUAUCCGGAAUCUUCCACAAGAGCCGAGAUGAUUGGAGAAUAGUUACGAGAUUGUAUAGGGGACCGUUCUUGAUAAUAGAGUUCCUCUUCUUGUGGGGCAUCAACAUAUAUGGAUGGCGAUCGUCGGGCGUAAAUCACGUACUGAUCUUUGAAAUGGAUCCAAGGAAUCACUUGUCCGAACAGCACAUAAUCGAAAUGGCAUCGGUUUUCGGUGUGAUCUGGUCCAUUUCCGUUCUGUCGUUUUUGUUUAGCGACGAGCUUAGCAUUCCAGCUUACAUUAAUCCGUUGGCUUUACUGGUUGUCAUGUUGGCGUUCAUUAUAAAUCCAACGAAGACUUUUAGACACGAAGCAAGGUUUUGGGCCCUCAGAGUUUUGGGGAAAGUGCUUAUGGCUCCGUUUUGUUACGUUUCCUUCGCGGAUUUCUGGGUGGCCGAUCAAUUGAACAGCCUGGUGACGUUGUUUACAGAUAUGCAAUUUUUCUUUUGCUUCUACUUAACCAAUCCGAGUUGGUCAGAGGGGAAAGAUGCGAAUUAUUGCGUGGAUAAUUUUCUGUACGUGCGUGCUUUCGUGGCGUGUCUUCCGCCCUGGUUUAGGUUCGCGCAGUGCAUCCGAAGAUACAGAGAUACGAAAGAAGCGUUCCCCCAUAUCGUGAACGCUGCCAAAUAUGCCACGUCAUUCUUCGUUGUCGUCUUUUCGACUUUGUACAAGAAGUACGCAGGAGAUUGGAGUUCGGUGGAGAAUCCGUUUUUCUAUUUGUGGAUCACGGCUUCGUUAAUCAGCUCGUGUUACGCUUACACGUGGGACAUCAAACUGGAUUGGGGACUAUUCGACGCCAAAGCGGGCGAUAACAAGUUCCUCAGAGAAGAAAUCGUAUACUCGUCCACGUGGUUCUACUACUUUGCAAUAAUAGAAGAUUUAAUUCUACGGUUUGGUUGGGCAUUCUUAAUUUCCUUGACCGAAACUGGCAUGUUCAUAGAAAACACAAUCGUUACAGUUUUGGCGCCGCUUGAAGUGUUCAGGAGAUUCGUUUGGAACUUUUUCCGACUUGAGAACGAACAUCUGAAUAACUGCGGUAAAUUUAGAGCCGUGAGAGACAUUUCGGUCGCACCUUUGGACACAUCAGAUCAAGUCUUGAUUAUUAGAAUGAUGGACGAAGAAGACGGUGUGAUAAAUCGCAGGAAAAAGAAGAACAUGUCUGGCAAAAAGAAGGACGAACCCAGACUAACUCUAGAAGGAGAAUCCACUGAUGACAUGGACAAUUAACUAUAUUAAUAAGAAUAACUAUUAUUUAUUAUUAAUUAUAAGGAUGUCUGCUAUUUAUUAUUUUUAUAUUGUUCAGUUGCAUUUUGUUUUGACAGUUUUAUUAAUAUAUAAUAGGAUUUUGUUGGUGCUAA